UGUAGGACACCAGUGGCUCGCCGAACACCUAAACUACGCGCCGGACGUAGCGUGGCUCACUAACAGUGUCACCCACAGUCCCACAUUGCCCUAUUUAUUGUCAGUGUCGGGUAUAACAAAACUAAUCUUUACCAAUGUUCAUUAUUCGUGGGAAGAGUAUUUUGCAGAGUAUCAAAUAAGCGAUUUCGUUUGGGUUCAGAACUGGUUCAACGAAGGAUCUUAUUCGUCAGAGCUUAAUAGAGUAUUAAACAGAAUAGGGCAUGAUCGCUAUCCCAGUAAUUCUGUACUAUCACACUACUUACAAUUUAACGCGGACGGAUUUGGCGCAUGUGGGCCGAAUAGACGAUUGUGUACCACUGAUUUUGAUUUUUUCAAACAUUCUCAACCUUGGCAUAUACACGGAUACAACGUCAAAGAGAAGUCCGAAUUAAUUCUGGAGCAAUAUUCGAAGACUGGGACCCUAACUCCUCAUAAUGUUGUUAUUGCUCCGAUCGGAGGCCCUCAUCACUUCAUAACUCAGGACGAGGUCGAUUACCAGUUCAAUAAUUACGAAAAAAUAGCUGAAUUUAUCAAUGUGAAUCGUAAUAUUUACAAAGCCACUAUCGAAUUUGGCACGCCAAUUGAUUAUUUUAAGUCAGUGUUAAAAAGAGAUUUAAAGUAUCCAAGUUUAAAGGGAGAUUUUUUAAAUUUUGCCGACUUAGAAAACGGCAUCCCUGCGUAUUGGACUGGGUAUUUCACAUCUAGACCAUUACUUAAAAUAUUACUAAGGCGUCUUCAAGCAACCUUAAGAUCUACAGAAAUUUUAUUUUCAUUUGCGCAAGCUGAUCUGACAAACGAAAGCAAAGAUGUUGACGUAAAUCUCAUGAUCCUAUUAACAAAAAGUAGAGAGACCGUCGCCCGAUUGCAAGAUCGCAACGUGAUAGGCGGCACCUUGACUAGCAACGUGCUCCGGUACGUCCUCGAGAAUAUUUGGAUGACGGUGAAAGACUGUUGGAAAAUACAGGAGGCCAUGAUUAGUUGGUUUACUACAAAUAAGACAAGGAAAAACCCUUAUGUACGAAAGUACGUCUAUCGAGACGGUGAGUUUAUAUCAGUAUUUAGAACAAUCAGUCCAGGAGAUAACGUGUUAGUGUUUAAUUCUUUAAGCCAUGAGAGAUAUGAAAUAAUAGAACUGUUUACAAAAAUACCCAACAUCAGAAUUAUUGACCACAACAAAAAAGAUGUCACAGUUCAAGUCAAUCCUAUAUGGAAAUACAACCCGAAAAAUGUUGUGGUUAUAUCUAAACAAUUCUACAAAAUAAUGUUUGCAGUUCUUAUCCCUCCGUUGACAAUUGAACUAUUCAAAAUUAAGGAAACUUCAAUGACAACACUUAAUACAGCAACAAUAUAUUGCGUACAUUGCAUGAUAGAAGAAGAUAUGAGUGGUGGAAUUUAUUCCCCUUUUACCAUUCAGCCUAUUGAACUAGGGGAUGUUCAGCUAGAAAGUUAUAAGCAUCGCCUCAUAUUUGACGAACACACUGGAUUCUUAAAAACGGUCAUAGAGAAGGAUACGCUUACGGAAAAGCCGGUCGUGAUCGAUUACAAAGCAUUUACAGGAUCAUACGUAAAUGCUGGAGUAUUUUUACUUAACACCAAUACGACAAAACCAAUUCGUGACAUAUUGAAGCCAUACAGAACAACAAAAUUAUUUAUAAUAUUGACUGGACCUCUGACCACGGAAUUUACUUCAGUAUACGGACAAUUGUUGCAUCACACUGUCAAAUUAUUUAAUGUACUUAACAGCCCUUUAUCGAGCGCCAUUUAUAUCGAAAGUAAAAUAGACUUAGAUGUAUCACCAAGUAACAGAGACUUGGAAUUAUUUAUGUCAAUACAAACGGAUAUUAGUAACGGUAAUCCUCCAGAGAUCCAUAUAGAUAAUAACGGAUUUCAGUAUACACCUCGUACUAUUAAUGUGACUAGACGUAUAGAAUCGAAUGUGUAUCCUGUAACGACACUAAGCUACAUCCAAGACCGAAAGCAACGGUUAACUGUUAUUACUGAUCAUGCUCAGGGAGUCACUGCACUACAAGAAGGACAGAUAGUUUUGAUGUUAGACAGAAGGGUUCUAUUCGACGACGGCCGGGGAGUCAAUGAAGGCCUCGCUGACAGUGGCGGUUCAUGUCAAAGACAUUAUAUCCUACUAGAAAACUUCAGUCGAACAUCUAAAUACUAUCCAGUACCCAAUUCUAAAUCUGUCCAAUUACCCAGUUUCAGGGCAAAUUAUUUAUCCAAUGCGUUUAAUUACGACACAGAUAUUUUUAUAAUAGACAAAAAUGUGACAGGGUAUUGCUUAUAUGCUAUUGUUCCUUUAAUUAAGGCGACAUAUCCCUGCGACGUAUUUUUACUUAGUUACAGAACAUUUUUGGACGGCAUAACUUCAAAACGUUCGUCGUCAAAUGUAGGUUUGAUGAUUUUGCAUAGACAAAGCUUCACGUGCCAGAUUAACUAUGAGUCACUGGUCCACUGUGAUGUAGAUCCUAAUAUUUCCAUACAGAGCAUACUUCCAGGCUCAAGAACAGUUUUUAAAACUAAUUUAGCGGGCACUAACAAAGGCACACGUUUAAAAUAUAUUAAUCUAGAAAUGUUUCAGCCGAUGGAACUGUUAACUUUAAGAAUAUUUUCAUGAAACUGUACCAACUAUAGACCAUGGAAUAGGAACUUCCUACAAGAAUAGGGCCAUUGGCUAAUUUUCGUCCUACUCUUAGUUUCGUUCAUUCUAUACAGGAAAAAUGUGUUAUGAUAUGAAUAAAGCAUGUAAAACGUAACCGUAAUCUCUGUUGGUUUUUGGACUAGGCUCUCCUUUCAUCAAAUGAACGAAAACUAGCACUGGACGGAAACUAGCACAGUAACCCUACAUGAGUUAAAA